AUCUGAUCAGCUGAUCGGACCUGGCAACAAAAUAACGCAGCUAGAGAAGAAAGCUACCAGGGAGGGGGCUGAAGAACAAAACAAUGACACUGCUCGGAAGGAUUCAAAUGCAGUGACACUUCAAAAAAGAAAAGAGGAGACUUUUGAACGGAUUUCACUCCCGGCUCAAAGUGAACGAGUCCGCGGCCGCUCGGAGCUGCUCGACGUCGACGGGCUGUUGUUUGUGUUGGGAUGUUGUCGCAGCCCAGCUGACAGACCGACCGGAGGCUAGCUGCUCGCUGGGACGGCUGCUGCUCGGCGCAGGGCUCGCUCGCUCUCCAGUUACAUCACUGACUCUGUGGGGGGAAAGAGUCCGGGUUGAAACCGUCCGUCAGAACCAGCUCGCUGUGAGAUACGUGUUCCAGCUCGGCGGCCGAACAUUGUCCGAGUUUGCUAGCGAGCGGUUGAGGGUCAGUCGGCUAGCUAGCCUGUUGUUAGCAUCAAGGUUUGCACAUUCAUCUCCUCUUCAGGUGGAGUGUCAUUGUCUCGGUCGUGGACCGGGUUCUGUACUGCUGUGUAUUUGUGUUCGCUUGUUCGAGCUAAUGAUUUGACUUUGCAGCUAACUUCAAUGUACAUACAAGCGACCUGUUAGUGGUGAAACAAAGAAAAGAAAGAUACAUCAGUUGUAACUUAGGGAGACGACUGUUCCCUACUAACUGUUAGUUGCACUAAAUAAUAUUAUCUAAUGUGUUCAAUUCAUGUGUUGAAAACUUAUUAGAGAUUGAACAUGUUGAUACAGUCAGUGGAUCACAAGUUCAUUUCGUCUUUGUAUUCAGUCACUUCUAAUUGCCAGUAUUAACCACAUGUGGUGUUAUUUUCCAUUAACUGUAAUUGGGGGGAUUAGCUGGUGCUGUUGUCAAAGCUUCAAGUUCACCUCGUAGGAAACGAUGAGCGGGCAUGGCUCAUCUUCAGAAAAAGGAGUCAACACCAGUUUGAUAUGUCAAGAGAGUUACGCGUGCGGUGGCUCCGAGGAGGCCGCGUUUGAGUGCGUCGAGUGCAAAAGCCUGCAGUGUGUCCGCUGUGAGCUCGAGCUCCACAGCCAGGAGCGCCUGAGGAACCACGAGCGGGUCCAGAUCGGCCCCGGGCACGUCCCGUACUGUGACAACUGCAAAGGAGGCAAUGGAGACGCCGGCAAGCGCCACAGAUCCGUGGUCCGCUGCCAGAGCUGCAAAGUUAACUUGUGCCCGGACUGUCAGAAACGCACCCACAGUGGAGGCAGCAAGAAGAAACACCAGCUCACAUCCUACCCGCCGCCGCCGCCGCCGCCUAAACCCGCAGAGGUCAACUCUGUGCAAACAUCCGUCCAGCCCGCUGUUCAAAUAGCCGAUGAGAUCAAAUCUCAGCGGGCAAAACUCCUGGAGAAGGUUUCCAGUUUUCUCUUGGUUGAUGAGAAUGAGGAAAUGCAGAUAAAAGAUGAAGCCUCGUUCAUGAAGAGCCUGAUCUGCGCCCCCGAUCAGCUGCUGAAGGUGGUGUCCAUCUUCGGCAACACGGGAGAGGGCAAAUCUCACACGCUGAACCACACGUUCUUCACGGGGAGAGAAGUUUUCAAGACGUCUCCUACGCAAGAGUCAUGUACGGUGGGCGUGUGGGCGGCGUUUGACCCCAUCCGCAAAGUGGUGGUCAUCGACACGGAGGGUCUGCUCGGAAACAGUUCCAAACAGGGCCAGAGAACCCGCCUCCUGCUCAAGGUGCUCGCCAUCUCCGACCUCAUCAUUUACCGCACCCAUGCUGACCGUCUCCACGAUGAUCUCUUCAAGUUCCUCGGGGAUGCCUCGGAUGCCUACUUGAGGCAUUUCACCAAGGAGCUGAAGGCUGCGACGGCCCGCUGCGGCCUGGAUGUCCCACUGUCCACCCUGGGCCCUGCGGUGGUUAUCUUCCAUGAAACAGUUCACACUAAAUUGCUUGGCUCAGAUCAGUCCUCGGAGUCAGUAGACCGGCUGCUGUCGGAGCGCUUCAGGAAGCUCUCCCGUUUUCCAGAGGCCUUCAGUUCUGUACAGUACUGGGGCACGCAGACUCUCAACCCACCUACCGACUUCCGCGGCUUGCAGAAUAAACUGGAGCAGCUCCUGGACAACAACGCCACCCGUUCCCCUCGCACCCCCGUGGUCAUCUUCAAGGCCCUGCAGGCACUGAGUGAGCGCUUCAGCGGGGAAAUUUCAGGCGAGCUUGUUGCCCACAGCUGCUUCUUUCCUGAUGAAUACUUCACCUGCUCCAGCCUGUGCCUCAGUUGUGGAUCUGGCUGCAAGAACAGCAUGAACCACUUAGACGAGGGAGUUUGCCACGAGGCGAAGCAGCGCUGUCGUUACUCUGCUCAGUAUGAUAAUCGCAUUUACACCUGUAAGGCUUGCUAUGAAGGAGGAAAGGAAGUCGUAGUUGUCCCCAAGACCUCAGCCUCCUCCGACUCUCCAUGGCUGGGUCUCGCCAAAUACGCCUGGUCUGGGUAUGUUAUAGAAUGUCCCAACUGUGGAGUGAUCUAUCGUAGUCGUCAGUACUGGUAUGGGAACCAGGACCCUGUGGAGACAGUCGUCCGGACUGAGAUCCAGCACGUAUGGCCAGGGUCAAAUGGCUUCUUAAAGGACAAUAGUAACGCAGCACAGCGUCUUCUGGAUGGAGUCAACCUAGUGGCCCAGUCCAUGUCAGAGCUCAGUGUCAAGCCUGCUAAGGCCGUCACCUCUUGGCUGACAGAUCAGAUCGCCCCGGCCUACUGGAAACCCAACUCCCUCAUCUUGGUGUGCCACAAGUGUCACAUAGUCUUCCAGGACAACGACACCAAGCAUCACUGCCGUGCCUGUGGGGAGGGCUUCUGUGAUGGCUGCUCCUCCAAAGCCGCGCCCGUCCCUGAGAGAGGCUGGGGUCUUGCCCCUGUCAGAGUCUGCGAUGUCUGCUUUGACCAGAGAGCCUCAUACGAAGAGCGGCUUGAAGCUGAGCUCGACGAGGAGGAAAGUGGAACCCUGGCCAGGAAGGUUGGAGAGGCGGUCACCAACACCAUAGGGGUUGUGGUGACUGCUAUUGACAUCCCACUUGGCCUAGUGAAGGAUGCAGCCCGUCCUGCCUACUGGGUGCCUGACCAGGACAUCCUGUCCUGCCACAACUGCCAGCGCGAGUUCACUGCCAAACUGUCCAAGCAUCACUGCCGCGCCUGUGGCCAAGGAGUGUGCGACGACUGCUCCUCAGAGCGUCGGCCGGUUCCGUCGCGCGGAUGGGACCACCCUGUGCGCGUGUGCGCCAGCUGCAACCAGAAGCCCGGAGAACUUUAACAGAAACGUCCUUCCUUUCCCAGAGCACGGGAGAGAACCAGUCACCCACUCAGCUCGCAGUAUAUCACUGCUUUACCUCUGUUACUCCAGUGGUUCUGACUUGUUUCUGUGGCAAGGAAGUUCUUAGGGAUAUAAAUAUAUAUAUAGAACAUUUAGCAGAUUUGGGAUUUGAGUUUCCUGUGGCCUUUGUAGAACAGCCAGAACGCGUGAGUUACUUGACUGAGUAAAUAUUUUCAUUCUUAUUGACACAAAUCCCUAAUUUUACGUUAGAUAAGGCUGUUCAGCUAUUUUUCUACUAUCAGAAAAUAUUGGAAAAAAUGUAUCAUUUAAAGAACAUUAGAUAGUGGAGAACCCCAUGGGGUUGGUGUGAUUAGUUUCCAGUAAUUCUUCUUGAGCAUUGUUUCUCUGAUGUAGUGCGUGUAAUGGCGAGGAGAUAUUUUAUAUCUGUGCAGGUAUAACUGCGGGCUCCAUUGCAUGCUGUUUUGCAACAUUUUUGUUUUUGCACUAAGCCUUUAUCAGCUGUUAUAGGCUGUUGCUUACCAUGGCCAAAACCCAGAUAUCCAGACGAUCAAGUGGUCCGUCCCAAACUCAGCUGAUGUCUAAGGUCUAGAGUUUGGAUAUCUGGUGUGCCAAAAGUCAUUCAGGUCAAUGUGUCUGUGCUGGUAUAAUGUUUAUAUUUUAUCAUGUAAUUUGUGGUUUUAUGAAGACAUAGGACUAUGUUAGAGGAGUGUACAUUUGAAAUCUUGAAAAUUAUUUAUGUAUCGAAAAAAAAAAAAAAGUACCUAUUAGCACUCGGGCAUGCAUGACAGUGAGAGAUCCAUGGCCUUUUACUUGUUCAGAGGACAGCCUCCGAAUGAACCUCACUAUUUCUUUUACCAAGUGGCAUUUUAGCGUAUAUGUGUCAUAAAAAGUAGGUAUUUUAAUGUUCAGAUAGGUUUCUUGACACCUUUCAUUUUUAUUAGUAUUUUUUUAUGUGAGCUUGUGUGUACGGUAAUUGUUUGCAGAACAAAAUAAUAUCCCCCAAUUUUUUUUUAACCAGUUUUGAAUAUUACAUUCACGCCUCCAGGUCUCUGUAGACGCAGUCCGACAGGAUGAAGAUUCCUGACAAAGCUCAAUGCAUUUUUUUGUUCAGCUCAUGAAAGCUUAGUUUUUCCGUUAUUUUACAUUUGGUAUUGAAAGAUAUUGUAUAUUUUCUUUUUUCUUUUUUUUUGUUUGACAUCAGUUGCUGUAUGGGUAUUAAUAUACUUUGGAGUGACCACCUUAUCUCCCGUUAUUUUUUCUCUCUGUCAGCAUUACUCAGAAAAAACAGCUGCAACAAUAAGGCAAUGUUGAAAUACUGAACCAUAUUUAGUGACUGAGAGCUUUAACUCCUGCAUCAUUGCUACUUUUGUGUUAUUGAGUAACGAGGCAAAGUUGGAUACCGUACAAAGCACAAGGUGAUGCCUUUAACACAUGCUUGUAUUUUAUUGUUUAAAAUGCAAAAAAAAAGGGUCUGUCAAUUGUAAGCUUUGUAGAUAAAGUUGAUUCUCCCUUUGCUUCUUACGUGGAACUUUCUGGUUCUGAUGUCUGAUGAGAAGAUGUUGUGUCUGCCUCACCUCAAAAUAGUUUUAUCUGUCUGAAUGUUGCAUCACACACGCGCUGUCCUUUGAGACACUAAUAUUGCACAAUGUAGAAUAGGAAAUACGUCAUGUCUGGUCACUUGUACGGGACUUCAUUCCCAUGCAAAUUUGUGCACUCUGUCGUUUCAAAUAUCCUUUGUGAGUGUCCAGUAUUUUUUCUUUUCUUUUAGGUCGGGUGUAACUAUGAACACUCCUCAUCUACACUACAAAUCAAGCAAGAAUGACGGUGUGUUUUAAAAUGUGGGAAACUAACUUGAAACAGUGAUGUGUAGAUUUGCAUAAUGAUUAAAGUUGUAUCAGUUCCCUUCUGUCAUAA